CCGCAUUCGCGUUCCACGCUCGAAGAGUUCAACCGCCCCGCACCGGCGUGGUGGAAGCGUGUGGCGCUCAUCGCAACCAUCAUCUUCCUCGGCUGGAGCGCGAUCCGCUUCGGUCGCGGCGCGAGCAAGUCGAAGCAGCCCGAGGUCAUCUACGCGACGCGAUACUCGGACGAGUUCAAGUAUCGGCCCGCGGCGUCCCCUGUGAUUACGGAAUAUUUGAAAGAUGGGCGGAUCCGGCUGCGUGGUGCAACACCCGGCGGGGUGGGCGUGAGAGAGGAGGACGUGCCGCUUACACCG